UAGCAAUUCCAAUGAAUUAAAAUCAAGUUGUUAAGAUAAGUUCAAAGGGCGUUCGUUAUCUAAUAAAGCUAGGCGCUUUGUGUUAUAUUGUUGAAGUGACAAUCGACGAGGACUACAUUUAUUAUUUCCACCAGCAUUCGCCAUGGCGAGCAAAAACCCGAAAGAAAUGGUCUCCAGAUUGAGGAACACCUUCCACAGUGGUAAAACAAGACCGAUCGAAUACAGGGUCAAACAACUGAACGCAUUGCUACGCUUUUUUGAAGAAAAUACCGCAGAAUUGGCGCAAGCCCUAAAACAAGAUUUAAACAAAUCAAAAACAGAAUCUUAUACCCUAGAAAUUGAUUUCGUAGCUAACGAUAUCAAACAUCAAUUGAUGCACAUACACGAGUGGACUAAGCCUGAGAAGAUUUCCAAGGGUUUAGUUAAUUUAAUGGACAGUGUGUAUAUUUUACAUGAACCCUAUGGUGUUGCACUUAUUAUAGGUGCCUGGAAUUACCCAAUUCAAGUAACCCUAGGCCCUCUGGUAGGGGCGAUCAGCGCAGGUAAUUGUGCUGUCAUCAAGCCUUCAGAAUUGUCUCCUGCCAGCUCAAAAGUGAUUGCGGAUAAAUUGCCGAAAUAUUUGGACAACGAUGCUUACCAGGUGUUCGAUGGAGGUGUAGCCGAGACCACUGAGCUAUUAAAAGAGAAAUUCGACUAUAUUUUUUACACGGGAUCGUCUGCAGUGGGAAAAAUUAUCCAUGCAGCCGCAGCUAAGCAUCUGACGCCGACCACUCUGGAACUUGGAGGUAAGAGCCCAGUAUUCAUAGAUAGCUCAACCAACUUCGAUAUAGCAGCUAAACGAAUCGUCUGGGGCAGAUACAUCAACGCCGGUCAAACCUGCAUAGCCCCAGAUUACCUCUUGUGCACCAAGGAAGUCCAGCAAAAAAUAAUUCCAGCUAUCGAAAAAGCUUUAAAACAAUUUUACGGAGAGGAUCCGAAAUCAUCACCGGACUACGGAAGAAUCAUCAACGGCAGACAUUUUGAAAGAAUUUCCGCAUUGUUAAAAGGAUGUACAGUAGCGAUUGGAGGAGAAACCGAUGAAAAAAAUAAAUAUGUAGCUCCGACUGUUGUUGUUAAUGUUUCACCUACUGAUGGUAUCAUGCAAGAAGAAAUAUUCGGUCCGAUAUUACCAAUAGUAAAUGUAGAUAACGCUUACGAAGCUAUCAAGUUCAUAAAUAGUAAAGAAAAACCUUUAGCGUUGUAUAUAUUCUCAAAAAAUUCAGACACAAUAAAUCAAAUUCUAGAAAACACGUCUGCUGGAAGCGUUUGCAUCGACGACACCAUUCUACAAGCUGCAGUUAAUGGUUUUCCAUUCGGAGGAGUUGGAGGUAGUGGAAUGGGAGGCUACCACGGGAAGUUCAGUUACGAGACAUUCAUACACAAGAAACCGGUUUUACACAAAGAUUCUAGUUAUUUGGGGGAGAAACUCGGUUCACUUAGGUAUCCUCCUUAUACCGAUAAAAAAUUACAUACAAUGCAAGCAGCUUUAGCGCCUCCAAAAUAUCAGUUUCCUUUUAAAUUUAUUAGGCCAUUAUUAACGUUCUUUUUUGGCUUCGCUUUUGCCUUUGUGUAUAAGAGGAUAUUUUAAAUAUAGAGUUAAAAAUAAAAUAUAUAAGUAAAUCAA